AUGAAGAUGAUGGUGUACCAAGGUGAACGAACUAAAUCUACUGACAACUAUUUGUUGGGAUCGUUUAAAAUAUCUGGAAUACCACCUGCUCCUAAGGGUGUCGCAAAAAUUGAGGAUUGUUUUGAAAUAGAUGAAAAUGGUAUCCUCACAGUUACAUCUAAGAUAGUUUCCACUGGUAAAACCAAAAGCCUUACUGUUACAAGUCUUAGUGGAAGAUUGUCAAAGCAAGAGAUUGAGAAAAUGGUGAAAGAUGCUGAGAAGUUUAAGCUUGAGGAUCAAGAGUACAAGAGAAAAGCUGAAGCAUACAAUGCGUUGGAGGAUUGUAUAUAUGCGCUAAAGAAUAAGAUCAAAAGAAAUGAUAUCACACCAAAGGUCUUGAAGAACAUCCAGUAUGCAAUUGAUGAUACGAUGAAAUGGCUCUCUAAUGUCAAAGGUGCUGCUGUUGAUGAGAUUCAGUCCAAGAAGGAGUACCUGGAGUUCAUAUCGGGGCUUGCAUUUUUUCAUUAA